AUGGUAAAUCUUGCCAACACAGCCACGAUUCUCCGUAUCCCCAUUCUCUUCCUUAUUAUUGGUCUCCUCUACUCUCUUAGACCAUACUCAGCAACAACAUCCUUGUUUACAUUUGUUUUCGGAGCUUGGACUGAUUGGCUCGAAGCCCAUCUUUCUAAGAGACGCAAAGUCCGUUCCCCACUCAGACAAUACCUUGAUGCCGUUAUCGACAAAAUUUUCAUGAUCAGUACUUUUGUGACAAUGCUUUUCUUGAAGAUUGUUCCACAAUGGACAGUUUUCCUUAUCAUCAUGAUUGUUCUUAGAGAAUUCCUUAUUACUGCUUUCCGCUCUGUUGCAGCUGCCAAGAAGAUUGCCAUCUCCCCAGAAAGCGCUGGCACAUUCAAGACAGCCAUCCAAAUGACUUCUACAAUCACACUUCUUGCUUGGUUCUCUGCAAUCUCCGAUUUCCCACAAUAUUUCGACAAUUCUCACUUGGAUUAUUUCCGUAAGACAGGUGUAUUCCUUUUCUGCAUCUUCUCAUUCCUUACAGCAUUCUCUGGUGUUAAGUACAUUCUCAACUAUAGAUCAGUUCUUUCUGACUUGUAA